AUGCUCCAUUUCAUUGGCGUUUUGCCUCAUCGCAAGCUAAGAGAUUUGGUAAAUAAAUAUGGUCCUUUUAUGUACUUACAACUCAGCCAAAUUCCAACUGUUAUCAUUUCUUCACCUAAAGCCGCUCAAAAAGUGAUGAAAACUCAUGAUGCUACCUUCACUCAAAGGCCUGUUGUUCUUGUUGCAAAUAUUAUAGCUUAUGGUUGCACAGACAUUGUGUUUGCACCAUAUAGAUCAAUCCGGGAAGAGAAGGUGUCCAAUCUUGUUCGAUGGAUUUCUUCAAGGGCAGGAAGAACGAUUAAUCUUAGCAAAGAAAUUUAUUCGAUGACAUUUGGCAUCACGACAAGAGCGGCGUUUGGAGGAAAAAUGAAAGAUCAAGAGGCAUUCUUAUGUGCUAUUGAAGAAGGUAUAGAUUUGGCAGGAGGUUUCACUGCGGCUAAUGUGUUUCCUUCCUUCGAAUUUAUUGACUCAAUCAGUGGGGUAAAGAGUAAAAUUAAGGAGAUUCAUGACAUAGUUGAUAGAUUGUUUGACGCCAUUAUCAAUGAGCAUAAAAGUAGAAGGGCAACAAGGAAGACAAAUGAUCGUGAAGUGGAUGAUGAUCAUAAAGAUUUCUUAAACGUUCUUUUGAACUUGCAAAAUAAUGGAGACCAUGAAUUUACCUUAAGUAAUGACAACAUCAAAGCAGUCAUCAUGAUUGAUUUCAACACCUGGAAAAAGAAGAUGAAGGCCCUCUUAUCCCACAAUAAGGUGGGGAUUGCUCUGGAGAAGGAUGACACCAAAUGGCCUGAAGAAAAGCUGAAGAAGAAGGUAGAGGUAGACAAAGAAGCCUAUAAUUUGAUCAUCAUGAACCUGUCUAACACCGUGCUGUGA